AUGUGGAGAGGUUUGUCAAGUACUCUUGCAACAAAGGCUGCUUUAUUUGCUCGUAAGUUAUCUUUGGAUCCAAUCUGUUCUCUAUGCCAAUGUUUCCCUGAAACUUUGGAACACAUUCUUUUUGCUUGUCCAUGGGCGAGAAAGACUUGGAUGUUUCAUCCAAUUGGUUACCGUCCCCAGCUUCAACAACUUACAACUUUUGAUACUUGGUUCUAUCAGCUCUCUUUCCCAGUUUCCACAGAAAAAUCUCAGCAACAAGAGGUUAUGUCUCAUAUUAGUUUCUUACUUUGGUACAUAUGGAAACAUAGGUGUCAUUGUGUAUUUAAUUAUAGUACUCCAGAUUCUAGAUUGGUUGCAUCUACAGCUUUUGAUGCCUCUCUAGAAUUCCUGUCCUCAAAGAAGAAGAUGGUUACUCAAUCAGUCAAAUCCUCUCUACGAUCCAGACCACCACCAAAACCAAAAUGGAUUCCUCCUCUGCCUCAACAACUGAAGAUAAAUAGUGAUGCUUCUUGGACUUCUCAGUCUGUAGGUGUGGCUGCUAUCGCUAGAGAUAGUACAGGACACGUGGUGGGGGGUGUUCACUCAUUCAGUUCAGCCCCAACUCCUCUCUAUGCUGAAGCUCUAGCCCUUUUGGCGGCUACUAAUCUUGCUCAUAGCCUUAUUGAUCAGCAUAUUCAAGUAGAUUCGUUUCUGUUUGAAUCUGAUUCCUUUCAACUAGUUGAUCUCCUUAAUAAUUCAGGUCCAUCUUCAGAUUGGGCUGUGAUGCCCCUGAUAGAUUAUAUUCGAGAUCGUACAGUUGCUCUCCCUUCUUAUAGCUGGACUUGGUCUAGCAGGUUGGCUAAUCAAGCGGCAGAUCACUUAGCUUGUUUGGCUCGUAGGAGAAUGUGUCCGGAUGAUUGGUGGAUUCAUCCUCCUUCCUCCUUAUCUUACUUCCUUCUCUUAGAUGCUGUUUCUACUCCAGAUUUCAUUUCAGUUUAGUUUAGUGGCAGUUUGAACCAAGCUUUAGUCUUUACUCUUCAACAAGAAAGGCCAACAAUGGGGACCAUUUCUCUAUUAUCUGCUUCAUUUUCUUCAUUACAGAAGCUCUGACGAUGCUGAUGAGCUCAGCUUGUUGCUUU